CCGCCGCGCCGCGAGGAUGUGUCGCUUGUUGCUCCCGCCAGCGCUGUCGUGGCUCGUGCCGCUGCCCCUGCUGCUGGUACUGGCAACUGAAAUCUGUGCGCUGCCCCCACCCAGGGAAAUAUCGCCGCGUAGAACCGCUUUCGGUGCAGUAUACCGAGUGAAUGAUGGUAGUGUUCGUGCAUAUGGACCAUCGCAGUGGCAUAAUCCUAUGUCAAAUGUUCCUGUGAGACAGUCUGCUACAGAAGAGAACUUCAGUCCAUCCAUCCACCCAUAUGCUUCAGGAGAUUUUCCAAGAUUUCCACAUGGUGCUGGUGGUAAUCCACAUCCUCAACACAACCACGAGAAGAUAGUGAAUGCUAAUAGUGGCGAGCCCCAAGGCACAGUGCGGAGAGAAGUCACCCCAAUAAGAGAAUAUGCUGAUUCAUCACAGGGACAGAGGAACUCAAUACUGAGAACUACAGCUAGUCCAGUCUUUCAAGACAGUGGAAUCCUUCGACGAACAAGUGAAAAUCACAGACCCGAUUCUCGUGCCAGUUACCCAGAAACAGUUGACAGGAGAUCUGCUGGAGAUAUUGUAUUUCCUGAUAAGGCCCUGAAUUUCACUCCCAAAGAGGAUGUUAAGAACUGUUCUGAAGAUGGGACUAGUAUAUGUGACAAAAAUGUGCGAGAUUAUCCCUAUCAUUAUAUUGAAGAGGUUAUAUCAAACUCAGCUUAUGACUUCAGUAGCUACUUUCAAGAUGAUCAUAUUUAUGAGGAUGUUGCAACAAGAAUUGAUGCAGAUGCCAAUGAUGACUCAGUAUGUGACUCUGAUGAGACUGUGCUGUACCCUAAGGUUGGCCAGAAUGCAGAUGAUCGAACAUUAUUCAUUGUUAAUAAUGAUGGAAACUACAAGCAAGGAGUUAGGGUAGAGAAAUGCAGGAGGAAGGAGCAGUCACCUUGUGAUCCAAAGCUGGUGGUUCCAACAGGUUUCAAAACACAUUGCAAACAGAAAUACAUAUAUAGGAAACUGCUAGCUUUGCAGCCAAAUGGUGAACCAGUACCUGACAAUUUCAGGAUUCCUUCGUGUUGUAGUUGCUAUAUUUCAAAGGACUUAGCAACUUUUAGAGGUUUAUUUGGCCCCAAGGACCAACAGCAAACACCAUCUGUAAGGCAGUGAGAAAAUCAAAUGGUAUUAUGCACUGCAAUGUAAUUGUUACUGGAAGGAGAAUCCAUCUCCUUGCACUAGUGUCGACAUGCUUUACAACCAGUCUGCCCAUUCUUCAAUGAAUUUGAAGUUAUAAAGAACCAAAAUGUUACUGUAGAAUUCACAAUUUUCUAUAGGAAAUCUUAAUUAUAUGUCUGCAGUGUUUUCAAAAACAUCACAAUGGAUUCAAAACACAUGCAAUAAAGUUCUGCUAAGAAGAAAAUGAAUGUUACAUUCACUCAUGUUGUCCAGUACUUGAGCUGUGAUUCAGAGGAUAUUGAAGUAAACAGAGUUCAGAAAAUGUUGUUAUCAAAACAUUUCAGGUCAGGAUCCAUUUACUUUUAUACAAAAACAAAUUGAACAGUAUAGCUGGUGAUACUGUGUUACUGUCAUGUGUUCAAUCUUGUGUAAAACUAUUACACAUUUCAAUAAGGACGGGUGUCAUCAUAGACAUUUGAUCAUAAAUAAUCUUGAAAAAAAAUUUAUCUUGACGUUAUUAAUGUGGGAAAAAAAUCUAAGAACUGAUGCUUCUAGGCAGACUGUAAGUAGACUAAUAAAGGCAAAUUGAGUGAAUGAGGAGUGAAACCAUAUGUGAUAAAGCCAUAAUUUAAAAUUGAAUUAUAACCACAAAAUGUUGAAAGCAACUGUGCAUGGGAUAAUAUUAGAUUGUUAUUCAAGUUGAUCAUUUGGUUUCAUGGAACAUUUGUUGUUAUGAAACUGAUGUACUAUUGUUUAAUUUUCUCUCUGUAACACUAUUCACUGAAACACUAUCAGUUUUACUUCCGUCUGCUCAGCUUCCCACUGGAAUACAUUUACUUUUUUUUGUACUAACUUUUACUAUUGUACUGUAAGAGGAAGCUAUUCGAAAUCUCAUCAUAGCCUUACUUUAAAAGUUCUUCAUCCUUGAGAUUAUUACAAUGUAGUAUUUUCUGUGCACAGUGUUAAUGUUUACUAUGUUAAAAAGCAGUUUUUCCUGAGGCAAAAGAGAAAAAAUGUGAGUAACAGAAACUGUUUAACACAGACAUAACAUUUCAUGUUAAAUUGUUCAUAAGCAAUAAUAAAGGAAAUUGUCAGUUGCGUUGUUUCUUCAGAUUUGCAGUGUAUAUGCUGAACCCAAGACAAAAUAAUGAACUAGUCACAGUGAGAUGGUAUAUUUAACUUUCAUCAAAAUACUGAAGUAUUUUUAAAAUGUUUUGAGUGUACUAUUACGUGUGAUUCCAGUUAAGAGCAUCCGCAUUGAUAUGUUACUGAAAGUUACAGUUGAAAGUGUUUGACCUUCAUCAGCCUGAGUAAAGUACAAUUAAUUUUAGAUUGUAGAUGGAGGUGAAACUUUUCUUUAUAAAAUGUAAAUUUAACCUGUAUCUUUCUUAUAGCUUUUGUGAUAAAUAUUGUCAUUGUCUGCCACUUUAGUUUUAAUAAUUUUAUUUAAUGUAAAUAUUUAUUAAAAUGAUUGAUUGAUGCUUGUAUUGUAGGAAAUAUGUUUAAGUAU